UCCCAAGGGCCUGAAAACAACAGGUUGUUGCCUCAAGAAGUACAAGAAAGAAAAAUAUAUACGAUCACCAGAGAAGUACAACCUAUGGAAAGCUCCAUGACGGCCAUGUGCACACUUUUACCAGCUGUGUGCUGAUCAGCUACAAGGGGAUAUGGUUGACUGUUUGUAAAUGAGGAGGUUGCGAAGAUUGCCUGUAGGUUAAUUGCCAAUUGCAGAAAGGUCAUGGAUAUAAUAAUUCCAGCUAGUUGUCGGGAAGACCUUGAGGUGGUACCAGUUCUGACUCAUGAGGGUGAAGCUGAAGAUGAGGGCCAAUGGAUGUGGUUCCGCUCAUGGAAGCGACUUGAGAAGCCUUCGCGAGAGAGUCCCAGUCUCCGCAAUUUGGCUGCAACCAGGAACUAUAUACCCACUAUCGAUGAUGUGGGGAGCUACCUGGUGGUGGAGUGGACACUGUCACCAAGCGAAAGACGGAAGGGGAAUGUUAUUUUGAAGUGUGCUGAGUAUCCUGUUGGCCCGGGUGAACAGCCUUCUUCCUCCACUACUUCCCCUCCACCUCUGACUGCUACUCAGCGGCUGAAGAAGGAGGCAGAAGAACAACUCAGACUGCAACAGGCCAGAGUGGCUGAAUUGGAACGGCUGGAGGCUGCUGAGCUAGAGGCUGCAACAGAUCACUCCAGAAGGGAGUAUCUGUUGCAGCAGCUAGACAAGUCUCUUGCUGAUGAUCGAUGCUCCCAGGUCACCAAGCACAUGGCUGAGAUGAUCCUGCUGGAGCACAAGAUCACCAGCUCCCAGUUCACAAACUGGGAUGAUCGUUUUGUGCGGCUGGAGCGUCGGGUUGACGAGCUGUCAACUCAGCAGUCCAAGAUCCUGGACUCUAUCCAGACCUUGUCUGCUCAGCUGGCAGCCGCCAAGCUGAUUACUCCUCAGCUCCCUCUGUUGAAACCCAAAACCUCUCCUCCUCCUUCACCACCUCCUUCCCCUCCUACAUCUCAUGGGGGAUCUGUACAUUCUUCCCGGUCAUCUACUCCUUCCCAAAAGGCCUCAACAAAGGCCACCUAUGCUGCUGUGACUGCAGCAGACAGAGGUCCCAAGAUCCUUGCUCCCAACAAGUUCAGGGGCGAUGACCCCAAGACUGAUGUUGGGGACUGGGCUGCUGGGACCAGAGCCUACUUGAGGGGCUUUGUCUGUGCAGAACAGACCAAGGUGGCGACUGUUUUGGGGCGGCUGGAAGGGCCUGCAUUGAAGUGGGCCACCUCAACUUCCAGCAGUCUGCAACAAUCCAUGGAGGACUGGGCCUUUGGGUUAGGGGUAGACGAACUUAUGCAGGCCCUGGAGGACCGGUUUGCAGACAAGGAGCGGGCCCGCAAGGCUGCUGACAGGAUUGCUCGCCUGGGACAGCAGCGGUACAGCGGCACCCUACAGGCCUUGUUUGCUGAGUUCGAGCAGCUCACCUCCACCCCUGGACUGGUCAUGGCACCUGAUGAUAUGCUGACCAGUUUUUGCAGGGCAGCGCCUGAGAAGUUUGUUGUUGCACUCUACAGCGCUGGGUAUAAGGACUGGAGGUCCUUUGGUCGUGCAGCCCUGGAAAUGGAGGCUAAGCUCCAUGUCCAGGCCCCAACCUCUGACAGGAGGAAGGGUGCCUUCCCUAGAGGCAACAGAAGGGGAAAGGCAGCCCUUACUCAUGUGGGAUCUGCCUCAGGAUCAGAUACCGAUUCACAGCCUGAUGUGCCUUUAGGUGGGACCGGAUCUGCUGCUGAGACAGAUGUUGCAGCAGUAGUGACUCAGGAUGUCCUUGCUGAGCUUGAGGAGCUCAGAAAGCAGCUUGAGACCCUGACCAGCAAGGGCUGGAUCAGACCCAGCACAUCUGAGUUCGAUGCACCUCUUCUCUUUGUACCCAAAGGGAACGGCGAGUUCAGGAUGUGCAUGGACUACAGGGGCCUCAACAAGAUUACAAGGAAGAGUACUGAACCACUUCCUAGGAUCGAUGACCUCCUGGAUAUGGUGCAAGGCUGCACAGUGUUCAGCAAAGUCGACCUCAAGUUUGGCUACCACCAGAUUGAGAUGGCAGAGGAGGAUGUCUACAAGACAGCCUUCAAGACCAGGUAUGGGACUUACGAGUUCCUGGUUAUGCCAUUUAGACUUCGCAGUGCCCCAGGCGCAUUCCAGACAGAGAUGCACCGCAUCUUCAAGCCUUACCUGGACAAGUUUAUGGUUGUCUACCUGGAUGAUAUCCUGGUAUUCAGCAAAACUGCCAGGGAACAUACGGGGCACUUGGCUCUAGUUCUUCAGUCGUUACGCGACAGCCAGUACAAGAUCAACAAAGAGAAGUCCUCUUUUGGAGUUCCCUCUGUCAUCUAUCUGGGUCACGUAAUCUCUGGAGAUGGCCUGGCUCCUGAAGCAGCCAAGAUUGUUGCUAUUCAGGAGUGGCCCCAGCCACAGACAGUGAGGGAUGUCCGGUCCUUCAUGGGUUUGGCCUCCUACUACAGAAAGUUUGUCCGGAACUUUUCUGCAGUGGCCGCACCCCUGACCAACCUAACAAAGAAGGACACUCCCUUUCUUUGGUCCCUCCACUGUCAGCUGGCCUUCACACGACUCAAGAAGGCCUUGACUCGUGCGCCUGUCCUGAAGUUACCUGACCCCACUCUGCCAUUUAUCCUGACCACUGACGCCAGUCAGUAUGGCAUUGGGGCAGUACUUCAGCAGGAUGAUGGGAAUGGUCUACGACUUGUAGAGUUUAUGAGUAAGAAGAUCAAGACUCAAAAGCUCCAGGACUCUACCUACGAGAAAGAGUUGUAUGCUCUUGUCUGUGCCUUGAAACAUUGGAAGCACUUUCUCAUGGGCAGGCACUUCAAGAUCUUUUCAAAUCACUCCACCCUACAGUGGAUGAAGUCCCAGGGAGAGUUGAACGAUAAACUGGCACGGUACAUUCAGUUCAUAGACAUGUUUGACUUUGAACUGAAACACAAGAAGGGCUGCUACAACAAAGUGGCAAAUGCCCUCUCUCAUCCUAACUCUGAACCAGGCUAUGUUCUGAGUUCAGACUUGCUGUACACCUACAACAGAGGUGAGGAGCGCUUGUGCAUUCCCCAGGACCAGCGGCUCAGGACACUGCUGCUAUCAGAGUGUCAUGAUGCCCGUGGACACUUCGGGUUCCUAAAGUCUUAUGCAGCCCUGUCGCAGCGCUUCUUCUGGAAGGAGAUGCGGAGUGAGAUGCUGCGUUAUGUGGACACCUGUGAGCUCUGCCAAAGGAACAAGGUUCAACGUAAACCUCCUUUGGGACUGCUCAAACCCUUACCCAUACUUGAUGGCCCUGCCCAAUCUGUGUCGAUAGACUUCACAGAUCUAGGCAAGAUCACCCCUCGUGGCAUGCGUCAGGUUAUGGUCUGCGUGGACAGGUUCUCCGAAUACGCAGAGUUCAUCCCCUUGCCAGAGGUAGCUAGGGUACCGGCUGUGAGAGCAGCCUUCUCUGAGAGGUGGGUCACACACCAUGGACCGCCCACCUCUAUCGUCAGUGAUCGUGACCCCAGAUUUUGCAGCGAUGAGUGGCAGUCCUACUGCAAGGACUAUUUGCACUCACGUCUGGACAUGACCUCUAGUCAUCAUCCUGAAGCCAAUGGAUUGGCUGAGGUGAUGAACCAAGUCUUGUUCCAGCUGCUGCAUCCUGUCAUCUCUCCAAAUCAACAGGAGUGGGAUCUUCACUUAGCGAGGGCACAGCUCAUGUAUAACAUGUCUGUCCACUCCUCGACAGGGUUCAGUCCCUACCGGUUACACUGGGGACGUGAACCGCGCCAGCCUCUCGAUGAUAUCAUCGACAAGGCUAAGCCUGAUCUGACGCCAGGCACCGCAGAGUUCGCCAGACGCUAUCGUCUGGAUGUGGAAAGAGCCCGGGUGAACUUGUUCAAGGCCCAAAAGGCCAUGAUUGAACAAGCCAAUCGCCACAGGCGGCCUUCCCCCAUUCGUACUGGUGAUCAUGUCUGGGUGGCCAGUUCUGAGCUGUCGAGGGAGGAGGAUAUCUCCCCGAAGCUGCUGCCGCGCUACUUGGGUCCGUGGCAGGUCUUAGAUACAAUGGGCAUUGACCCUUUCAGCCCGUCGUAUGUUAUCGACGUCCCGCUGCAUCUACCCACCUAUCCGGUCUUCCAUGCAUCCAAGCUGCUGCCUUUCACACCUGCUGAUGCAUUCCCUGACCGGCCCCCUCAAUGGGGCCCACCAAUCCCUGGUAAGGGAUAUGAUGUGGUGGCCAUUGAGGAUGAGUGGGGCACAGGCCCCAACCGGCAGUAUCUUGUCAGGUUCGCUUUCCAGCCCCCUUCUGAGAACCGGUGGUUCUACAGAAGAGAGCCUGAGCAAGACAACAAAGUCUGUUGGACUUCUGAAACUGUUGCAGCCCCGGGCCCGGACCCAGCAAUGGCUGGGCCAGGCGGCAGCUUCGCUUACAUCAACAGGAAGGCGGUGCAGAUUCCGUCCAAGUAUGACGGAAAGGACGACGUCGAGUCUUGGAUCAGCUCUAUGCGGUCCUACUUUGAUGUAUUGGGGACACCCCCGUCCACUCAGUGGUCUAUCCUGGGGACCAAUGUGGAGCCCGUCGUGCGGGGUUUCCUAGAAACCCAARCUGUCCAAUYAGGCUAUAAGAGAAUAGACYUGAACAAAUGGUUGAAGGCUACGCCUACUACCACACUUGAGGAUCUCUUGAUCAAGCAAUAUGUUGAUCCACAUGCUGCAGCUAAAACAACACUCAAGCUUGACAAGCUCAAGCACAGCAAGUGGACCGGCACCAUGCACAGUCUGCAGCAGUACGUCAGUAAACUCUUUGCUACUCCGGAUCUGGAGAUGACGGUGCAGUCUUGCUUGGAUGUGAUAAAAGCCUUGGAGGAGACAGUAUAUGAGCUUGCACCCUAUUGGGACUCUGAUGAGGUGGUACAAGGCGGUGAGGGAAUUUAGUUUUAAGGAACCAAAGAACGGUGCUUACGUUUGUGAUUGCUAAGGAAAUCAAAUGUCAGGUGGGUA